AUGGCAACCGCGACCGAGACCUCCACUGCACCCCCAACCUUCGCCGAAAACCACAUGAACGACGUGCCUUCCUCUCUACCUAGCACUUCGAAUCCAUACCAAGCAGCUCGGGAAGCCCUCGACCGCGACGGCUUCGUCGUCCUCCCUGCCUCCCUCUUCCCCACCUUCGACCUUGCCAGCCUCCGCGACGCAGCCUCCACCCUUACCGCGUCUGCGCGCUCAGGGAAAUGGCCCUACAUCCGCACCUUACCAAAGCAGUUCCCACCCUGGCCCUCAAAACCUGGUGAACAUGGCAUCUGGGGUGUCCAGCACCUGAUGCACCCACUCAACCCAUCUCACGCCACAUUCGCGCGGUCCUACUUCGACGCCGAGCUCUUAAAAUACGUCUCUGUGCUGAUAGGCUGCAGCGAGGAGGACUUGACGAUGGAGUUGUAUAACAUGCUUGUGCGGCCGGAUGGCGAGUUUGCGUUGCGCUGGCAUAGAGACGAUAUACCACCCGAAGCUUCAGAUGUAGAGGAAUUGGAAAGGCUGGGGAAACCUGGCUUCCACGCGCAAUGGAAUCUCGCUCUAUACGACGACGCCUCGCUCGUCGUAGUCCCUGGUAGCCACAAGCGUGCGCGCACGUCAUUCGAGCGCUCGGCAGACCCCUACGAACCCAAUAUGCCGGGCCAACUCGUCGUCAAACUUCAAGCUGGGGAGGUGGCGUUCUACAACAACAAUAUUCUGCACCGUGGGGUGUACGACCCUACUAAGGAGCGUAUGACCUUGCACGGGAGCAUCGGGACGACACUGGGGAGUAGCGAAAGGGCGCGCAAUGUGCUGCAGCAUGGGGUCGGGGCGUGGGCGAAGGAGUAUGAUUUUGAGGAUUUUGAGCCCGCGAUGAGGGAGAGGGCAAGAGCGAUGAGGGAAGCGCUAGUAGAGAUGGGGAAGAGCAGUGGGGAGGUGGGUUUUUAUUCGAAGGAUGAAUAG